GCUCCCCCACCAUACAUAAAAAUGUUGUGAAUUUAGAAAGAAAAUAACACCUCCCCAUUUUUCCUUCCUAAUUUUUUUUUGACCUUUCAAUAUUUGGACUAUCAGGGAAAACAAAACAAAACUGCUUCCUAACUUGUAGGUUUAGAAUUGUCACCAGGAUCCAGCUUAAUGUAUCUGCAUAAACUCUAAACAGAUGACUGAAUAGUGUUUACCAAUAGACUAAAAUCUAACAAGCAGUUAUGAUUUUUCAAGGAAACCAUCUAGUUGAAUACAUAUAAAAAAGAGGCCCAAGGGGAAGAUGGCCAAAGAUAUAAAGAUCUUCUCUGGAUCACUAAGCAAGCAGGGGAGUAAUGUUUUUGUAUAAUAUAGUGUGGCUGACCUAAUAAAAAAUGUUGUCUCAGCACUGAAGGAACAUCAUUAAUCCAUAUGACUGUAUGAAAUUCUGCUUUAAUUCUCAUGAUCUAUAAAAGUUCUGUAACAUUUCAAAUUAAUAUCCAGGGCACCAGUAUAAAAAUCACUUUUAUUUAGAUUAUCUAAACCGAUCUCUUUUUUAAAAAGUGAACAUGCAUCAGAUGGGAAUGUUUCGGGGGAGGACUUACAAGGCUGCCUGUAACUGAUAACAGACUGACCUUUCACAGUAAACAACCACAAAGUGACAACAUGUAUGAGACAACUGUUUUCAGGAGCUGGUCAACAGGCAGCACAAAAUAUCCAGCUCAAAGGAGGGAAAACUCUCGAGAUGAGCUUGGUCAGGCUGGCCUUGGCUCUCUUCCAGCGGAGUUUCCUGAUUGCAGUGUAGUCAGCUUGAGUCUGAGCUGAGCACAGCAGUCCUGCUGAGCUGAGGAAGCAGAGAUCAAGGUUCAGGGCAGCUGAAGCAGCUGGAAUCCAUAGGCUGGGGACAACUUUCUCUGUUCCGUGUUGCUAUGAGAAAAUGCCUCAUUCAAGAUGAAGUAUAAUGAAGUUUGUCUCCUACUGCUGCUGGUGGUCAAAUAGCAUGGUGUUCCUUGGUUCUUGAGUAAUCAAGUGCAAGAAGAACUCAUCUGUCUGCAUUCUGAGUCCUGCCCUGCGCAAGCCCCUGUAACGCUGACCGCCGCCUCUACCCCAGACAUUGUUCUGGGGCCCGUAUGAGGUCAGCAGUGUGAAGAUGACCAGUGCCUUCUUAGCAUGACGACCUUGGACCAUGUGAUCGCUACCCAUCAGUCAGAGUGGGUCUCCUUCAACGAAGAGCCACUCUUUCCUGUCCUUUCUGAGGGGGAUGCUGAGGAGCACCUCCCGGGACUGUCAUCUUCCUCAGACCAGUCUGAGAGCUCCUCUGUGGGGAACCAGGCAGUGGAUGGAGGCACUCGGGACCUUUCCCCCUCUGAGCAGGAUGACUCCUCUGAAAAGCUGGGCCUCAUCUCUGAAGCGGCCUCUCCUCCUGGGAGCCCUGAGCAGCCCCCUCCUGACCUGGCCUCAGCCAUCAGCAACUGGGUUCAGUUUGAAGACGACACACCCUGGGCCAGCACCUCACCACCUCAUCAGGAAACAGCGCUCACAUUGACCAUGCCCUGCUGGACGUGCCCCUCCUUUGGCUCCCUGAGGAGAUGCCCUCUGACCUCGGAGAGCAGCUGGACCACCCAUUCUGAGGACACCAGCAGUCCUAGCAUUGGCCCUUCAUACACAGAUCUGCAGCUCACCAACGCAGAGGAGCAGACAAGCGGCAGGGCUUCGGGGGCUGACUCAACUGACAAUUCUUCCUCACUCCAGGAAGAUGAAGAGGUAGAGAUGGAAGCCAUCAGCUGGCACACCAGCAGUCCACCCAUGAAUGGGCACCCUGCCCCUCCAGGGACAGCCGCUCGUUUCCCCAGCUGGGUCACUUUUGAUGACAAUGAAGUCAGCUGUCCUUUGCCACCAGUCACCUCUCCUCUGAAGCCGAAAAUGCUCCCGAUGGCACCUGUGACACCAGUUGUACCUUCUAACUCCACUGGGUCAUUCAAGAGGGAUCGUCCCAAGAGCUCUUUGAUGAGCUUCUCCAAAGUUCAGAAGCUAGACAUUUCCGCCUUAAACCAUCCACCCCCCACAACUGAAGCACCACCUUGGAGGGCCACCAAUCCUUUCCUGAAUGAGACACUCCAGGAUGUGCAACCCUCCCCUAUCAACCCUUUCAGUGCUUUCUUCGAGGAACAGGAAAGGCGCUCCCAGAAAAGUUCCAUUUCCAGUACCACAGGCAAAAGCCAAAGAGAUUCCCUCAUUGUUAUCUACCAGGAUGCCAUCAGUUUUGAUGAUUCAAGCAAAACCAAGUCCCACUCUGAUGCUGUCGAAAAACUCAAACAACUCCAGAUCGAUGAACCUGAUCACGUCAGCAGUGCAGUACUACCUGAUGAUGACCCGAUAGCCUGGAUUGAACUAGAUGCUCACCUACCUAGCUCAGCACUGACUCAGCCCAGAGAUGGCUGGCCAAUGAUGCUCAGGAUCCCGGAGAAGAAAAACAUCAUGUCCUCCAGGCACUGGGGACCAAUCUACAUCAAACUGACGGACAGUGGUUACCUGCAGCUCUAUUAUGAGCAGGGACUAGAAAAACCAUUCCGUGAGUUCAAGCUGGAGAUCUGCCAUGAGGUUUCCGAACCCCGGCUUCAAAACUAUGAUGAGAAUGGUAGGAUCCACAGCUUGCGGAUAGAUCGCGUCAUCUACAAAGAGAAGAAGAAAUAUCAGCCUAAACCUGCUGUAGCCCACACAGCAGAGAGGGAACAAGUGAUUAAGCUGGGCACCACCAAUUACGACGACUUCCUGAGCUUCAUUCGUGCAGUUCAGGACCGGCUCAUGGAUCUGCCAGUAUUGUCAAUGGACUUGAGCACAGUUGGCUUGAACUAUCUUGAAGAGGAGAUUACAGUGGAUGUCCGAGAUGAAUUCUCUGGCAUUGUACGCAAAGGAGACAACCAGAUUCUCCAGCACCGAGUCUUGACUCGGAUCCACAUUCUGAGCUUUCUUUCUGGGCUUGCAGAGUGCCGACUGGGACUCAAUGACAUUCUCAUCAAAGGAAAUGAAAUCGUGUCUCGGCAAGACAUCAUGCCCACCACUACCACCAAAUGGAUUAAACUCCACGAGUGUCGUUUUCAUGGGUGCGUGGAUGAGGAUGUGUUCAACAGUUCUCGGGUUAUUCUUUUCAACCCUUUGGAUGCUUGCCGGUUUGAGCUAAUGCGGUUCAGGACAGUGUUUGCUGAGAAGACCUUGCCUUUCACACUCAGGACAGCAGCAAGCAUCAAUGGGGCAGAAGUGGAGGUGCAGAGCUGGUUGAGGAUGUCUACCGGCUUCUCCUCCAACCGUGACCCUCUCACUCAGGUUCCCUGUGAGAACGUAAUGGUGUGUUACCCAGUGCCCAGCGAGUGGGUGAAAAACUUCCGCAGGGAAAGUGUCCUAGGGGAAAAGUCUUUGAAAGCCAAAGUGAACCGAGGGGCAAGUUUUGGCUCAACGAGUAUCUCUGGCUCUGAGCCCGUCAUGAGAGUAACUCUGGGAACGGCCAAGUAUGAGCAUGCCUUCAAUGCCAUUGUGUGGAGGAUAAACCGGCUGCCUGACAAAAACUCAGCUUCUGGCCACCCACACUGUUUCUUUUGCCACCUUGAACUUGGCUCUGACCGGGAAGUGCCUUCCAACUUUGCCAACCAUGUGAAUGUCGAGUUCAGCAUGCCCACGACUUCUGCAUCCAAAGCCGCCGUAAGAUCCAUCUCCGUGGAAGACAAGACUGACGUGAGGAAGUGGGUCAAUUAUUCCGCACAUUACAGCUACAAGGUGGAAAUUGAGCAGAAAAAGAGUUUGAAACCAGACUUCGAAGGAGAUGAAACAGAAAAUCCUAAGGAGUGUGGGGUACAAUGACAAACCCUAUACCUGCUAGGGUGUCUUCCUGACUUGCUGAAGUUUAAGUCAAUACCUGCUGUGGCCUCUCCAUGCUGGGAACAAUCUGUCAGAGACCUGCCUGUUUGCAGUUACCUGUCUUUGAAAGGGAACUCGUGAGGAGGUUGCUAAAUAGAGGCUUUUUGAUCAUGACUGAGCCUGAAGCAUGUGGUUCAUCUGAUUUUUGGCGUUUUCUGUAUAAUUAAGCCUUCUUGUCUCACUUCUGCUUCUAUCAGAGUACUAGUAUGUGGUUUGUUAUGACUGUAAACAAGUCUAGAAAAGUACCUCCAACAUCAUUGUGGGCAUGAUUUCUUAAUGAUAUUUAUCUGUCACCCAUGAGUUUCUGGAAGAUGUGGUUUUGCAAAGUUACUUAAGAGUCCAUUUCUGUCACUUCCUCUAGAAAAGACUCAGAAAAGAGUCAAGGCAAAUUUUUUCUUUGGGUCUACUAGACCUUUUUUAGAUGUCUCUAUUCUUUAAUGCUAUGCAACAGAACUUCUCCAGAUGUUUCUCUCCUGGAUAUAGAUUAUUUAGACCGAAACAUUUUUGUUUUCCCUUCUCUUAGGUUUCAGUCACAGGCUUGGUUAUCCUGAAUCUCACUAGACAAUGAGAAAGGGCCCCACUGGGUUUUUAAAAUUCUGUGAUCAGACCUACAUUCUACAGAUGGAUUGGAUUCACAUCCUGUUGAGAGGAAAGCAAAAUUUGGCUUAUUUUUCUUAGUUUUGAGGAAAAGGGACAUUAACUGUAAGAUUAUGUUCAGUUCAAGAGACAUCUUCAGUCUCAUUGAAUUCCCAAAUUCAUACCGAAAAAUAUAGGCCACCUUCUGAUUCUUGAAACAAAUACCUCAGGCAUUUGUCAAGGGCAUUUGGGAGUUCUUUUUGUACCUCGUAGCUCAAACCGUUACAUGUCUCUGUACUGCAAAUAUUUUAGGAAAUUUAAGGUGGAAAGGAUAUUUUAAAAGCUGUUUUAAGCUUUGGAUACGUUCUCUUAAGUGCAGAGCUUGAUAAUCAUAGUAUUGUAAUAAAUCAAAAAGGCAAACUAGGAUAAUCAUAGGGAAAAUAUUUCCCUAUAUUGUGAACAUUAAAUUCUGAUUCUAGGAUUAGGGACAUUCAGUCCUCUUUCUCUUCACUUUAUAUGUACCUUGGUGUUUUACCAUGAACAUAAUGAGGUGAGAGAAAGUAUAUUUUACCUGAUUUGUAGAUGAUGCAGAUGUAGACACUACAUCAGAUUUUUCAUUGACAGAUUCAAGGUUAAUUUAUUCAAUGAACAGUCAUUGAAUUAUAACUGUUACUGACACUAGGUUAUAGAAAUCAUUACAGUUUUUGAAGUCUCUAAGCAUAAGACUGACACUAAAUGGAGGAACUGGAGAGGCAUUAAUGAGAAACCCUAAAUUCUGAAUUUUUAAAAAGCACCGCUCCAAGUACAGAUUCUGUGUGUGUGUGUGUGAGUUGAUGAGAAGGAUUUUGGGACAAACUGGUUUUAAAGCCACUCAUAGAAUGUUUUCUUAGGGAAAUGGGAGUUCAGUUUUGAACUGGAAGUAUAUUAUGGCUGUCAAAGGUCAUGUAUUCAACCUGUGUUAACACAAGUUUAGAGAUCUCUAUAUGAUGUAUUGGUCAGUACAUAUCUAGAUGAAUUCAAUUACAGAUACAAUAUUCUAAAAGAAACCUUAAUAAGUUUCUUGAGUUUCUAGGCAGGUAAAAAGGGUCAUGAAGAGUCUUACUAUAUAAGGAACAGGAAUAGCAACCUUAAAGAAUAACAUAUUACUGGAAAGGGGGUACAGAGCAGGAUGGAGUGAUAUAAUAACUGUCUCAAAAUUUCUGUCAAACUAUAAAAAAGGAAGAGGAAGUAGAUUUAGGAAUUCCAAAGAGGAAUAGACUCAAGCAGUAAAAUUUCCUGUCUUUGUAAAUGCCCAAAAGUUAAAAUAACUCUCUAUCCCACAUGCUGUGAGAGGGACUGUCACAUUGGAUUUUGGCUAGCUGAUGACCGAGUUGUUUUUUUGUUUUUUGUUUUUAAUGGCAUCAACAAGAAUAAGACACUCUAGCACCAGCAGUGUUUCUUCUUCAUGUUUUCAUGCUGCUUGAAAUACAAUGAAGUCCUUUAAAGAUUUGCCAAGGGAUUCCAAAGCAUGUCCUUUCCCGUGUUGUACUAGAGACGCUGAAGACUUCUCAUAGGAUGUCCAGAUGGGUCAGGGAAUCGGCAGUAUGAAUGAAGGCCAUCCCAAUGCCUUCCUCACCCAAGUUAGCUCAGUGGCUAGACCCUGCCUCAACUGCUAGCAUCGCAUGAGUGUUACUUGUUGGUUCUUCUUUUCCCCCCUUAAUUCUCGUUGCCUUCUUGUUUUCGCCUGAACUGAUUUUUCUAUUUGUUUGUUUGUUAACCAAGAAGUAAACAAAAUCCCUUUUGUAUUAUCUGCAUUUGGCAAGCAAAUUAGUACUAAAUUUUAAGAAUGUACUACCUUGAUAACAUCAAGUUUGUUUUGGUUAUACUUUUUUUAGGGAACUAAUUAUGAGGAACAUAGGGGUUAGGAAAUCUGAUACAAUAUAUUUUUAGUGAUUUAUUAAUAACCUACAUAAAAAUCACAGGACAAAUAGCCUUUUUUGAUGUGCAGAAUCUGCAACUGCCAUCCAGGAUGUGGGUUUUUACUUUUUGUGGUUACAAAAAGUUCUACUCUGUGAUAUCAAUAAUGUGAAAAUCUUAAAAGUGAAUUCAUCUUACCAUACAUAAUAGUACUAGUCGAAUACAAGUCAAAUGUCAUAUGAUAGUAAGAGCUAUACUGUACUUUUAAGUCUAGGACUUGCUCUUCAACUUUACAGUAAAAAAGGAGAAUAAUUAAAUUCAUUAUGAUACGUCAAAGAAGAGAAGUGAGGCGUUUUGUGGGGGAACAUUAAACCUCCUCUGCCUGCUCUUAUCAAAAGUUAGCACUUUGUUCAUAUUAAAUAUUAUCUGGAGAGUUUUAUUGUGUUUUUUUAUUCUCUGCUUUCUAUCUUUUUGCAUUAUUAUGGGGCUUAUGAUCCAUGAGAAUAUUUUUCUACUUCAAAUAUUUCUUAUUUGAAAUGAGACUAAUUUCUAUUCAAACCCAGUGGUUGGAUGACUGUAUUUCCCUAGAAACCCAUGCUCUACAAAAUGAGAUGCAUAAAGACAAGGAAUGUAUCUUACUCUUGUGUUUCCAAUACUCUGCCCAAAGCCUGGAAUAUAAUAGAAGUCAGCCACUGUCGAUCAUUCCUGGCAGGGCAAACAUAUUCAUGAAAUAAAGGAAAAUUAUUUGGUAGUCAGUAUAUAUGUUUAUUGAAAGAAUACUGACCCUGAGAUUCUGAGACUACUGGACUGUUACAUAUCAACAAAUAUUAAAGCAAGCAAUUAGCUCUUAUUUCCAGGAGGAUUUAAAUAAUUUUGUUUUUUUUUUAAUUCCCUCUUCCAAUGUCAACACUUAAGCACUUCAUGCGGUGCUGAACUUGAACUACAGUGUACCUUAUUCAUUCUGGGAAACAUUUUUUGUGUCCACAGGUAAAUUAGCACAGAUGCUGCCUAUAAUCAGCAUUGAUUCAGUUUUGUUGCUGAGAGUCAAACCGUAUCUAUGAGCCUGAACCUUGCACAUGAGAAUGGUUAGUGGGAGAAUUGCGUGUGGAAUGGAAUUUGAUAGAAUGCUCCCCAGGGUUGGUGGACCAAUUCUUUGUCUUUCCCAGUGUUAACCACAGUAGCUAAUGUUACUGUACAUUUCUUUUUUCACCACAUAAAUGGAGGUCUAAGGUUAGGAAGGCUGAAUCGUGUCAGAUUUCACAGCUGACUUAGGUUUUAUAAAUCAACAGUGAAAAAACAGAACGAGCUGAAAAAUUUUCCCUUAAAAGCCUUGCAAAUUGUUAAAUUUGUGUGAGUAGGAAGCAAUGCCAUCCAACCUACUUUUACAAAUUCUCCCAGUUGGAAUGGUAAUUUUAACUCUUCUAAGAAUUACUAUGUUAAUCCCAGCAUAUUUACAGUUUUGCUAAAGAAUGCAAUCUAACAGGAAAUUCAAACAAAACUAACAAAAAAUUUUAAAACAUCUAGUAAACAAAUCUGUAAGACAUCAUUUCAACUUCUCUCUCUUUUUUUUUUUUUUUUCUUUUCUUUUUUAAUUUUUUGUGACACUGGAAAGUGAAUCCAGGGCCUUCUGCAUGCUAGGUGAACGUUCUAUCAAUGAUCUACUGGAUAUAAUAUAAAAAACAGACUAAAAAAUAGAAAUUGAAGGGCUAUGGAUAUAGCUCAGCAGCACGGUUCCUGCUUGGCAAGCAUGAGCCCAUGAGUCCAGUUCCUGGUACCCAACCCCAACUUGUAAUAUUGCAGCAUUCUCACCAAGUUCUCUGCAUGUUACCAAAGUCCAAGUGCCAAUUCUCUACCAAUCAUCAUUUCUUUAUUGUACUCUUUGUAUGUGAGACAGGCUUUGUCAUUCGUAUUUGCAUUUUUAAGGAAUUAAAGUGAAGAAAAUAUGUAAGACAGCCCUAAAUAUAGAGAACAAAUGUGUAUAUCAGUAUUUCUCAUAUUAACUAAAGCAAGGAUGUGAUUUUUUACUUUUUGUCUAUUGUGCCUGAGUAAAUCUGCUUCAGAAAAUCUAGUCCUUUGUUUUGAGAAUUGAGAAAGAAAAAUGUGUUGCUCAGCUUGUACUUCCAAGCUUGCCUGUAAGGCAAAAGCUUUCCAUAUUAAUGUAUUUGGCAGUGCCUGGCAAAAGGCAAGUAAUAACUGGAUAUAAUAUAAAAAACAGACUAAAAAAUAGAAAUUGAAGGGCUAUGGAUAUAGCUCAGCAGCACAGUGCCUGCCUGGCAAGCAUGAGGUCAUGAGUCCAAUUCCUGGUACCCAACCCCCCAAAAUAAAAAUACAGCAUUGGCCACCAAUCUUCAAAAUAUUUUUUAAGUGUAAGCCGUUUCUUAAAGCUAAAAGUAAGAAACUAUUGGCAAAAAAAAUUGCAGAGCAGGGGUAAACAACAGAGUUAUUCAGCUUAACAAAUGUUUGUGAUGUCUACCAAGGUGCUGUGUUAGCCGGCUUCCUAAAAGGAUCAAAGGCUAAGCUCAAGGACACUGAGGAUUGUUUAUGUAAAGUCCCAGUUCAACUUAAGUUUCCAGCGAAAGAGAUACUGUUUCCUCGGGUUCUUUCCAACUACAGUUUCAUGGGUUAUUUUACAAAAUACACUUUGAUGCCACUUUCAGUGAUAGUCCGUGUCGGUAUGACUUCAUAUGUUACUAGGAACCAAGAAAUUUAAAUUUUGAAGAUUGGGAAACCCAGCUGGUUCACCUGUCCCUUUACAUGUCAACUGCCCAGGAGAUAGAAACAAAGAAAACCCUGUGAUCCUUUAUUUUGCACUUGCCUUCAAAACACCAGUUAAAAAGGUAGAUCAAAAGGGGUGGUGCAGAUUGGUUGGAAUGCUUCUCUGGAUGUUCCAUGGCAUCACUCAGCAAAACAAUGGUGUGGGUAAAGAACAGACAGACUUCCAAGGUGGAUGUGAGGAUUUAGGUACAGUGGGAAGCAGCAGUAGGUCUAACCCUCCAAGGUGCUGAGGAUGUUAGCAUGGUCCCUGACCUACAGAUACAUCCUUUUACACAAAUGACUAAAGGAGGGAAAACUACUUAGUAAACAUCCUGGGACUAUUUAUAACAAAAACAAAUGAGACAAAGGCACAGUCCCCCAACCCUGACCUCCUUGAUGUCCCUUAGCAACACAAAAAUAUAAAUUAAAAAAUUUAAAAGCAUAUAUGUACAAGCUACAAAACAGCUUCUCUUAGGUGACACGUAUAAUUAUGAUUUUGAUUUCUUGUACUUAGAUGUAAUGGAUGGAUUCCACCAGGAUGGAACACUAAUUCUAGCACCUUCCAUUUCACUCCCAAGUUCUGCCUUGGAUCACACUCUCAGCUCUAGUUGUGGACACCAGGUAGCCACACAGUAACUGAAAUCCGGCACCGUGUCAUUUGUGGCUAUGUGCUGUAGAAUGGGCAACCCUGGCAGUAUCUUAUGGGGGUGACUCAGCUCUCAACAGUGUGUUGGGUGUGAGGGUGUUAAAGUCGUGAGUGAGGGAAGGGACUGAUAAGAACUCUCCUGAUCCUCAGGCAGCAUUCAUUUAACCUUUUUGUCCACUUGCCAAUGGAAUCUGGAGAAAACAUUGCCAUAUUCAAGAGAUGAAUCAGAAUCAGUACUCCUCACCCUGCAUUUUUGUAAUGGCCAUAGUGAAUUUCCGUGUGUGAGAUCAGGUGAACCCAAGAGCCAGUGAACGAUUCAGCUGCUGCAAGGCUUGUGUUUUCCUUCCUUCAUCGCUCAUCUUCAUUUUAUGUCAUUUCUUGCACUAUUGUUAAUUUUAUGUAAAACAAGUUUACUUACGUUUUAGAAAGUUACAAUGUGCCUACGUAAUAAAGUCUACACACUGGCUAUCUCUAUAGAGGUGAGGUUUUGUUUCAGUUGUUCUACUGAUUAUAAUCUGUAAUGCCUUUUUUUGAACUAUGAAAAUGAGCUGUUAAUAAAAUUUUCAAAUAAA